UGAUGUAAAACGAUUGCUAUAUAUAGUAAGACUCCUGGCCAGUUUUUAUCAACACCGGUCACACUUUCUUAGAUAAUAUAUUUUUGCGAGAUAUUUUGUGGUAGAAAAUGAAGAUUGUUGCACUUUGCUUUACUCUGGUUCUUGCAGUGUCAACUGCUACUUUAUUGAAAAAAGCUGCCGCCCCUGAUGUCACAGCAACGGAGGUAAAAUCUGGUUUUGUCUUGAUACAGGCUUAUAAUAGCCCAGGUGUGGUUUGUGAUGAAGGAAAAGGUGCAGCAGCUGCUGAAAUUGGUUGCGGAGGAAAAUCGUUCAAGAGUGUGAGUGCUGGUGGUGAUACAGAUUCAUUAUUACAAGAUAUGGGUGUGGAAUUUGGUAUCAAACUGAACUGUGACGGUGCCGCUGACUGGAGCGGUUGUCAAAAUGAUGGCAUGGGGUCUCCGAAUAUAUGUUCAGCGUUCGUUGGAUGCGCUUAAGCAAUGUAUUAUCUGAGUAGUCUCAACGAAAGAUGCCGGGAUGUGAAUCAAUGACGAGGGGAUACAGCAGUGGACUAGAUAUACAUGAUUGGUCAUGAUGAAUUCCGCUUCACUUGUUUGUUUUAAUUGAAGUUCUACUCAAUAAAUGUUUUUCCUCAAACAGAAAAAGUUUUAUCAUUUUAUGUGUUGAUGAUUUGAAAUAUAAAUUGGUCAAUUUUACAUUUGAAUCAACAUUGUUGCACAAAAGGAAUUAGUUUAUACGCAAUGAAUUUAAGUUCGAUUGUAUUGGAAGAUGUAAGCUUAUAGUCACACUCUCGAAUCCAUUCCUUCAUCCAAACAGUACUCAGCAAUGAUUGUCAAGUUUCUUGCUCAAGGAAACAACGGCUGGUCUCUGAUGGGAGUUGAGCGAUACUUAUGUUACUAGUACUGUGCGUUAAACACUUGACCAUGUCUCAAUCCGUUAAAUAUACAACUUUAAUGAAUGUCGGGUAUGUCGUAUUUUUGUUGUGUGUUUUAGCCCACAUAGUGUACAUUGAUUCCAGCACUUUUAAGUGUUGAGAAUUGAGAACCGCUCUGCUAGUGGGCGUGAAGGAUUUUUAAUUAUCCCUCUUGUACAGACUCAAUCAAACCGAGUCUGCAAUUUUCCGAAAUUUUCUGUUUUUGAUACUUCCAAUGGAUCAACAUUUUCCAUUCAUUAAUUUAUAUAAUAAAAAUGUUAUUGCAGUUCUUUAAGGUAUAUAUUCUUUUUUAUAAAAUGAAUAUUUAUUUCCGAAUCAAAUCUUUUGUUUAUGAUUCUUAAAUAUUUUGUUAAGAUUAUAUAUACUUCACUGUUAUUUUAUGUAAGCAAAUGUAAGCAAAAUGUUGUAAAUGCUUAAAUGUUUCAUUAAACAAAUUAAUUUGAAGACAUUUAAGCCUGUGAAUUCUUCAAGAAAUAUUAUAGUAGAAUUCCCAAAGUGUGUUUACAGUUUAAAAUGUCAUUCGCACGACGGGUCGUUUCUUAAAAAAAUCAACUUAAAUUGUUUUGUCAUAGCACUAUAUGUAACAAACGUAAAGAAAUAAACAUAAUAUUAGAAAUAUUGUGUAAGUAUUUUUUUUCAAAAGCGAAAGGAGUUACAUAUCGACAUAAA